AUGCUGGCAGACAGGCUUCAAGUGGCAGAAGCACUACAGGUUCCCAGAGGUAGCCUUCGUGCAUAUCUGGAGGACUGCCUCCAAGCUAUGCCGUCUGACAACCCAUACCAUGGGCCGAGCCAUGUUGUUGAUAUCCUUCAGUUUCUUGUGACCCUACUGGAAGAGACUGGCUUGGAUCGGACGCUGUCGCCUGAAUCUCGUGCGGCGCUUUUCCUCGCUGGCGCUGCACAUGACAUAGACCACACCGGCACCACCAACGCAUUCCUCACUAGGCUAGGCCAUGAAUACGUGGAGGAGUCUGAGGAUGGUGUUGGCCCCAUGGAGAGCCACUCUGCGCGCCGAGCAGCAUCUCUCCUUGAGGUGCGCGUGAAGCUUUCGGAUACUCUGCGACACGCCGUGAAAGCUACCAUCCAUGGAACAGAUCUGGCGAGGCACAAGCAAAUUGUGGAUGCCUUCGCAGGUGAGACAGAGGCGCUCUUGACAACAGAAGAUGCAGCAGCAUUCUUCUUACCGGAGACCCCGCAAGGAGCGCUGCUGCUCCAGCUUCUUCUAAAGGCGGGCGAUGUCAGCAACCCAACCAGACCGCUGGCAACAGCAAAGGCAUGGAACAACCAGGUCUAUGAGGAGUUUUAUGCAGAGGGCGAUCAGGUGCUGUCUGAAGGAGGCACACCCAAUCCUCUGCAUGAUCGUAGAACAAACAGCAUCCCCAAGUCCUCUGUGGGUUUCAUCAAGUGGGUGAAAUCCAUCUUCGGGAUGCUGAAGGAUUUCCUUGCGCAGUGUAAGGAAGUCGGGGUUGAAGUUCGACCAGAAGGCCUAGAUGCUGUGCUGGCUCGCCUCGAUGACAACGCUGCAUCCUUUGCCAAGGAAGCAGCUGCCUUGGAGGCUGCAGAUGCCUCUAAGAAGGUGUCCGAGAUCCAUUCCGGAAGAUGA